UCCACACCAGCACCACUCCUCUCACCCCUCCGCAGUGCAGUCUUGUCAGUGGUCGCUCGCACUUCAUUCCAUGCGUCGCAAAGUAACUGUUGAGCCUGUGAGGUUGUGGGUCCCCCCAGGCUCUGUCGAUUGCUAAGUGUCGGAGAAUGUGGUCCUUGGCGUCCAAGGACACUGCAAGUGUUUAAAAUUAUGUGCAUCUAACUCGGAUUAACCGCAGAAGCCUCACAUCCCGCAAAUAGGGACGAGAGAGCUUGUAUGACGUUCACCUAAGCCUUCAAGAAGAACCACAUCAUGAGUCGGAGAAGCCAACCCACACUGCCAGCACUUCUGAAGAGGAAACGCCGAGACACCGACGACGGAGAGGAUACACGACCACCUGGUCCACCACCCCCAGGACAGUGGCUUGAGAAUGCCGAAUCAUCGCAAGAAUCAUCAAAUGUAGCAUCAGAACAGCAUGCUGAAGAAUUACCAGGACUGGAUCCCCCCAGUGAUGACAGUGUUGUUGUCUUAUCAAGUGACGAUAAAGAAAAUGAAUGUCCACCAAUCAAUUUUGAAAUACCAAGUGAAGAUCUGGGUUGCUUUGAAGUUCCAUCAUCUAGUGAUGAGGCAUCUUAUGAUGACUUAGGAAGUGAAAAUGAUGGUUGCACAGUUCUCAGUCCAGAACCUCCACCACAAACUUACCCCUUAACUCCCAUAGAUAAUUGCCGUACCUGGAGCAGAUUUCGGGGAUCAUUAUGUCAACCUUCAGCACCAACCUCAGAGCGAUCAUGUCCUCUUCCAACAUUCACAUGGGCUGAUGAGAAAAAUGUUUGGGAGGGAAUGUGUAUGCAAGAUGCAUUAUCAACAGAGAGGCGCAAUGCUGACAUGUUUGUCCACCACCCUCUUCUACAGCCCCGCAUGCGGUCUGUCCUUUUGGACUGGCUAAUAGAAGUAUGUGAAGUGUACAGGCUUCAUAGAGAAACAUACUACUUGGCUAUGGACUUCUUGGACCGUUACCUUGCACUUACACAACAUCUUCCCAAGACUCAAUUGCAGCUCAUAGGAAUCACAUGUCUCUUCAUUGCUGCCAAAAUGGAAGAGAUUUACCCGCCUAAGAUCGGCGAGUUCGCAUAUGUGACCGAUGGAGCUUGCUCUGAGUCUGACAUUCUAUCAAAAGAACUAGCAAUCAUGAAGUGCUUGGAAUGGCGAAUGAGUCCCUUGACAGUGAAUUAUUGGCUUAAUACUUAUAUGCAGCUGGUAAGCAGCCAUCGGAGAGUGGUAGCACGUCAGCAAAGAUCUGCUGCCAGAGAAAAACUAAAUCGACGCAUGAGCCGCUCAAGCUUAGGGGGUCUUUUUUCAUCACCUCUGCAACCCGAAGUGCAAACUGCUCAUGAAGAAAAUCUUGGAUCAUCGUUUGUUUUCCCUCAGUUUUCUGGCCUUUCUUUCUCUGAAACUGCACAGUUGUUGGAUUUGUGUACCCUAGAUGCUGGGUGCUUGCAGUUUUCAUAUUCUGUAUUAGCAACAUCAGCCUUGCACCAUACAGUGUCUAGAGAAAUUGCCUUACGCUUCUCAGGACUGCAAUGGACAGAUAUUCAAUCAUGUGUGAAAUGGAUGAAACCUUUUGCUAUGACUCUUAAAUCUGCUGGGCUUCCUCCCAGUUCAUUAACUGAUCAAAGUUCAGGCUCAACUCAUAGCUCUGGCUUGAACAAAGCUGUGCCUAAUAUAGUUACAGAUCACUCCCACAAUAUUCAAACACAUUGUGUCAAUUUGGAAAUGCUGGAAGCUGCACAAACAUAUUCCGAAAAAUUGGCACAAGAUGAUGAAGUUAAAGCUUUAGGUCUACUUACUCCCCCGUCCAGUGGUUGUAAACCCUUAGUAUCGUCACAUGGCUCAAACUUCACUUGAUAUUUGCAUAUUUUAUUUCUGAGUCUGUCUUGAGUAGCAAAUGAAAGACUGAAUCAUAUGCAAAUUUUAUAUUGUUACUCUGGAUUCAAACACUGAUAACUGCCAUAAGUGUAGACUUCAGGAAACCCACUUUGUGAUGUUUUUGUUUUACAUGGGUAUGCAUGUCAACAUGCAGGGUCGUGGUUAAGACAAGUAUAGACGCUUAAUAUUUUUUUAUGGGUACCUGAAUUGUGCACUUUUCAAACUAGUCAAAAUAUUUUUCUGACUAAUUAUUUUGUACAAAUAAAAAUAGUCGAUACCAUAGCAAAUUGCAAACUUGUGAUGACAGUAAUGAAUUUUUAGUGUCUUAUGAAAUCAGAUUUUCUGUUUUUUCUAAGAUUUUAGUAUACCAACACUCAAGACUCAGUAAGAGGAUUCUCCCUGUGUAAUAUGAAUUUAUGAAGUUAAAUUUCCCCUGCUGUUAUUUUUAUAUAAAUGUACAUAGCUCCCUUUUGCAUGUUUUUUCUUGUUAAAAUGUCAAAUUCAUUAAAAAAAAAUAAAAAUAAAAAAACAUAAAAAAUGGAGCUCAAGGUCUUUUUAUGUACAUGAAAACUUUAAGUAAAUUUUAUUCGAAAUGUUUUGAUAAUGUAUUGGUAUGGUAGGCAAUUCACGCUGUGCCUUUGUCCACAUGCUUUUCCAAAACUUGUUUCUUUGAAAACUUUUUAAAAAAAUAAACGAAGUAAUAACAGUA